GGCCCAGGAGGCGUUUCCGCCCGCCAUUGCAGGGAUGGCGGGGUCUCUCGGCGGGAUGUUCUCCGGGCAGCCACCCGGUCCCCCGCCGCCCCCGCCGGGACUCCCAGGCCAGGCGUCGCUUCUGCAGGCAGCGCCUGGGGCCUCGAGACCGUCCAGCAGCACUUUGGUGGACGAGUUGGAGUCGUCAUUCGAGGCUUGCUUUGCUUCCCUUGUGAGUCAGGAUUACGUCAAUGGAACUGAUCAGGAAGAAAUUCGAACUGGUGUUGAUCAGUGUAUUCAGAAGUUUUUGGACAUUGCAAGACAGACAGAAUGUUUUUUCUUACAAAAAAGGUUGCAGUUGUCUGUCCAGAAGCCGGAUCAAGUUAUCAAAGAGGAUGUCUCAGAAUUAAGGAGUGAACUGCAGCGGAAAGAUGCGCUGGUCCAGAAGCACUUGACAAAACUGAGGCAUUGGCAGCAGGUGCUGGACGACAUCAAUGUGCAGCACAAGAAACCGGCCGAAAUGCCACAGGGCUCCUUGGCCUUCCUUGAGCAAGCAUCUGCCAAUAUUCCUGCACCCCUGAAGCAGACCUGAGAGCACGCUGGGCUGCCAUGCAGCCUUGUGACCCUGCCAGGCAUCUUUCCUUCUAGACAUGCUGUAUUGGAGGAUCUCUGUGGGGUAGUGCCAUGGUGUUAGUGUAUGUUCUGCCCAGUUUUAUGAUUUAUUAUUUAUAAGGUAGGAUUUAAAUAGGAAGCCCCGGCUGACCUUGAACCUACAAUUCCCCUGCCUCAGCUUCUCUAGUUCUCUUACUUUAUAAAAUACCUGAAGCAUUGAUAGACCAAGUAAAGUUUGUUGGUUUGGUUUUUAAUUCUUUAGGGAAGUUUGGACUGUGGGGGUGAUCACACACAUUCUCACGUGGCCUUUGCCAUUUGUUUUGACAACAUUUGUCAUUUUGUGCCUUCAUCUCUUUGGUUUAUUUUAGUUGUGAGUUUGGUACAGCCUGAAGGAAAAGAUUUUUAAUAGUUUGAGAAGCCAGGGGAUAUAGAGUUUGGUGUCAUCCUUAACAACCACCCAUGGUAGUAUAGGCAAAUCUAUAGAUUUGCUGUUUCAAAACUUUGAACUACCUCACGAGGAAUCUGACUCAACAAUGCCACGCUUCCAGAGGGGCACAGCGUGAGCAUUUUUUGCAUGUGUGUCAAAAGUGGUUAAAAUGUGCUGCCACUGCGGUUAGCUGCGUUUUUGGGUCCUUUUUCAUUGUCUUGAAGGCACACACAUCAGGAGCACAUGCUGUGAUGGUCAGUGUAAGGAAUGGAGUCGCAGGAAGGCACAGGUGAGGUCUGAGGGCCAAAGGCUGGCUUGGAUUGUCUGAGUUUUAUAUGCUUGUUACUUAUUUUUUUCAGAGUAGAGUACCUCUCUUUACUCAAAACAAAAUAUUCUAUACCUCGUGAACAGUCAGUGCACCUCCAGCUUGUUUUUGAUCUUGCCCAUUUUGUUUUCUGGCGCCUUGAAUCCCUGGGCACACGCAUUGACGUCCACUCCCUGCCUAGUCUGGGGCAGCCAUCUGGUCCGUGAAGCUUCUGAAUGUCCCUUCACUGCAUCCCAGAACAUAGCCCUUUUUUUUUCAGCUUUAGUUCUCCAUAUGCAUUAUGAAUUGUGGCUGUCUCUGUGUUACUUGCUCUGCAGUAUGCCUGUGAGAAUUAGGCAUCUUCUUGAUUAUGCAGUAUUUUACUGUUUUCAUGUGUGUGCUUGGUUGUAUGAUAUUUAGCCCAUGGACCAAUGAGAACCAGCCUGAGGCCAUCAAGUCCCCUUAAUUAAAAUGUAUAAGUUAAACAGUGUUGAAAAAUUUAGGGUGGGCAUGGUGGUGUGUUUGUAAUCUAGCAUUUGGGAGGAAGAGGAAGGAGGAUCAGAGUUUAAUGCCAUCUUCAGCUACAUAGCAAGUUUUGAGACUGUUGUAGGUGACAUGAAAUCCUGUUUCACAAACCCCCACGGUGGAGGGGGGCCACCCACUUUAUCAAGCACUGACUGUCAGGUUUACAUUUGUGGAUUUCUUGGCUAAAACCUAAAUAAACUGAUGACAUUUUGGUUGGUGUUUGAAUAAUAAAGAUGAUGGUGAAAAUAC